AAACGUCAAACCCUAAUCAUUAGUUGAGUGUGUGAAGUGAAGAUCAAAACAUUGCUCGUCCGAUCCCUAAAGUGAAAAUCGAUUUCCGCUCGUGUUUUUCAGAAAUAAUUCAGAGGAAACCAAUUAGCCAUGUCCGAGGUAAACUUCUCCGCCCGUGCCUACUGCAAGAUGAUGCUGCACGCGGCCAAGUAUCCGCACCUGGCCGUCAAUGGGCUGCUGCUCGGGGCCAAGGGUGACCAGCAGAAGGUGGUCGAUGCGGUGCCCCUUUUCCACCAGUGUCUUCAUGUGAGCCCCAUGGCGGAGAUUGCCCUGAUCCAGGUGGAGGCCAAAGCCGCCAAGGAGGGCCUACAGGUUCUGGGGUAUUACGCGGCGGCCGAGAACUUCUACGACAACAGUUUGGAGCGGGCACCGGGAGCACGGAUCGCUGAUAAGGUUGUGGAGAAUGUCAACGGAGCGGUGUUUGCCGUGAUUGACAACCGAGCUGUGUCGAUCAACAUGCGCUAUCCGGCGCUGAAGGUUUGGCAGAGCAAGGAAGGACGUUGGACUAAAGUGGCUAAGUGUUCCGUAGAAGAUUCGAAGAAUACGUUCGAUGCCGUGUCGAGUUUGCUGCAGCGAGGUGCCAUGAAGGAACUGAACGAUUUCGACAACUAUCUGGACAACACGGACAACGAUUGGAGCAACGACCAUCUGAAUCGGGACUUGAGACAGAUUUUGUCUAUGUAUUAGGGCGUGGAGGGGCGCAUGUGCAAUUGCAUUUUGAUUUUCUUUUCCAAAUACUGUAAUUUAUUCUCAAAAUACAAGAUUAGUUGUAAUAAAAGGAUUUGUUCAGCGUUAUACCAAGCAUUAGAA